AUGGGCAGCCAAACGAGCACACCAGCGGGCGCGGCGCCAAGCCUCCGGCGCGCCGCGAGUCUGAAGAAGAUGAUCAUGUUCAUGAAGGACCCUCGCACGGCGAUGAUGGACUGCCGCGACCACUACGGCGACGUCUUCCUCAUGGAGAGCAGCUUAGUCAACGAGAAGAUCAUGGGCUUCUGCGGUCCCGAAGCGCUGCUCGCCUAUGACACACAAGUCCAAGCGGGCAAAAUCGUCCGCGCUGGCGCCUUCCCAACUGGUGUUCUCGAACUCCUCGGUUCCGUUAUACCGACGCUAGACGGUGACGCCCAUGCCAAGCGGAAAGCCGCCCUUCACGUCGCUUUUACACCCGAAACGCUGGACACGUACAAGGUCAAGAUCCGAGAGAUCAUCCAGCACGAGCAUGCAGCGUGGGCUGCCCGCGGCGGAUCCCUCUCGCUCGCCCUCAGCUGCAAGAAGUUGGUGUUUCACGUCUUCUCGGCAACUCUUCUUGGCCUCGAAAAUGUCGAUGACGAGUACCGUGAGCUCAUCGAGACCUUUGUCUCGUCCAUUCGCAAGUCAGCGCGAAAGCCAGAUGCCACCGGCAUGGACGCGCGCACCCAAGUCGUAGAAGAGCUCAUCCGACCAGCCAUUCGCGAAGCCAAGGCCCGCGUCGCCGCGGAGAAGCCACUGCCGACCGUUGUCGACGUCCUCGUCGCCGACGGCCGCUUAUCGGAUGAGGAGCUCGGCCUCGAGCUCUUCCACGCACUCUUUGCCGGCCUUGGUGGCGUGACAUGCCUGGCUAUCAACUCAAUCACGGUCUGCAUUGAGCUACCAGCGAUCCGAGAGAAGGUCAGCGCUGCCCGCGAAGCGUACUUGACCAAGUAUCCGAACGAAGACGACCGGUGGCGCCAUUUUGCAGACCUUGGGUACAUGCAGCACUUCCUCCUCGAAGUAAAGCGGUUCUAUGUGGCGGGUCCGACGCAACUCUAUGGACGUGCGACUGACGACCUCGAGAUUUCCACGGCCGAUGGCUCGUUCAAGGUGCCAAAGGGCUGCUUGGCGACCGCAGGCCUCGAGGCCACGAGCAAGCACCCCGAUGUAUGGAGUGACCCACACACGUUCAACCCGGAUCGAUUUGCGCCGCAGGACGCCAGUGCCCAACCCAGCGGCUCGGUCGACCCCGAUGAGCUCAAGGACGGCGCACGCGACGUGACGGCGCCGGGCUUGAUGUACAAGUUUUGUCCGCACUCGAUCGGCACUGCCCGCCGCUGUACGGGCGAAGGGCUCACGACGCUAGUUCUUCAGUGCUUUGUGGUAUCGCUCUUCGACUUUAUCUGGCAGAUGGUGCCUGGCCAGAACUACCAACUCGAAGAGAAAUCAUCGACGCCCACCCCCGUCGGACAGCUCAUGGCCGUUGGUUUCCACCGACGGGCGCUGGACCGUGUGGUAACCUUUGGUACGGCGGGCUCGGACGAAGACUGGCAUUUUCUGAGCCUUCCGCAAGCGAGGGAGCUCGUUGGAUGCGGCGCCGCCGACCUCUAUGACGAUGCGCGUAUGGAUCUGUGGACGCGCCUCAUGAUCAAGCUGAUUGGGAAGAAGCAGGCGGCGUGGGACCGACCAUUCGUCGACAGCUGCCUCAAGAUUCCCAAGCACCAAAAAGUGUUGCCCAAGCUCACGCUGAUUCAAACGAGCAUCGAGAUCCCCACGGAAGACGAAGACUGGCCCAAGCAGCCGUGGAUCGAGAUCAAGCAGUCCAACUUUCUGCGCGACCACGCCCCGUUCAUCGAUGACUUUACGCACACGUGGCUACCCGGCGAGGACAUGGAACGCUACGUCAUGAGCAAGCUCGGGCACAUGUGGCCCCGCGUCAACGUCCACUGGAACGACCGGUACUCGGACCGCGCGCUUGAGCUCUUGGCUUUCAACGGCUUUGGCCAGCAUCUCCUCAUGAAGCUUCCGGAAGCUCAUGACGACGGCUCGUACUACGGCAUUUGUCUCGACUUUAUGAGCGUACUCGAGGUCCGUCCUGGGUACGCCAAGUACGGGGCAGACGCGUACUUCAACGCCAAGGGCAAGGCCACAAAGAUCGUCCGCGGCGGCGUUACGAGUCGUCCCGGGGAAGACGGGUGGGAGUACGCCAAGCUCUGCUUCCGCGGCAGUCUCCAGACCAAGGUCACGGCGGUCGACCAUCUUCUUGGUAUCCACGCAACGGUCGCCAACUACAUGGUCACUUCUAUCCGCGAGCAAUUGCCACCGGCGCACCCGGUUCGCCGCCUCCUCAAGCCGUUCACAUUCCGCUCCGUGGCCAUCAACUUUGGCGCUGGCCGAUCACUCUUCUGGCCCAAGGGCAUGCUCCAGCGUGCGUACGCGCUCACGGACAAGGGCAUGAAACAAACGUGGGAGUAUGGUCUUGCCAACUUCAAGUACGAAACGUUUCCGGAGCGCAAGGCGCGUCAGAACAUCGACACGCUGACGUUGCCGUUCCACGAGGACGGUAUCGAGUACUGGCAGAUCUGUCGCACCUUUGCCAACGACUAUAUCAACCUCUACUACAAGAGCGAGGACGCCAUCUCGGCGGACGCCGACCUCAAGCGCUUCUGGACCUUUCUUGACGAGAAGCUACCGUUCGCGAUGCGCCCUCUCAACCUCGAAAACCUCAAGGACUUCCUUGCCCAUGGUAUUUUCCUUGUCUCGUCGAUGCACAACCACCUCGGCACGAUUGCCGAGUACGUCUCGGACCCGGCCUUUUGUCCCUCGGCGUGGGUCGAAGGCGAGCUCGCGGGUCGACCCGGCACGGGUGUCCGUCUCGCGCUCAUCAUGACAGCGACUGGAUUCACUCAACCCGCAAUCACGGAAGACUUUUCGCACAUCAUGCUCGACGACGAUGCCGAGGCCGUCUGCCAAGCGUUUACGGCCGCUGUCACCGCGCAGAUCGCAGUGGUCGACGCUCGCAAUGCCACGCGCGUCCAGCCGUUCCAGUCGUUCAACCCCAAGACAAUGGAGAUGGCCGUGAGCAUUUAGCUGUGCCAUCUCAUCGUGAUGCGUGUUCACUACAAGGAAAUUCAU